GAAUGCACUUCAAUUGGUUUUAAACAGUUGAAAUCGAUGUUGGUACUACUGGUUUUGUUGGGUACGAAGUAUGUGUUGGGUGCUAAUAUCUUACAUGUAUCGAUGGUCAGCUCACCGAGUCACCAAAUCUGGAACCGAGUUUUUGCUUUAGGUUUAGCCAAGAAAGGCCACAACGUCACAUUAGUAGACUUACAAGAAAACUUGCAGCAAUCCGCAAAUUGUUCCCACAUUUACGUCGAAGGUCCUUUCAACCUAAUGCAGUCUAAAUUCGACGUAUAUGAUUUAGCAGAAAGUACAGGGACUCAAAGUGUUGUCUGGAUUAAUGAUCUGAGCAUCGCAGCCUGUGAAGAGGCUCUGCAUUCUUCAGGAUUGCAACAACUGCUAAACUAUCCUCCAACGUUCAAGUUCGAUUUAAUCAUUUUUGACGUUAUUUUUGACUGCUGUUUCUGCCCGUUAAUCCACAGGUUUAAUUAUCCUCCGACAAUUGCCACGAGCCCUUGGCCUCUACCAUCAUUUCUGGCGUACUCUUUUGGGAAUCCUUUACAGUCGUCACAUAUCCCAUGGUACGAUCUUCCGAAUGGAGAAGAUAUGAGCUUGAUUGAACGUUUUUGGAACUACGUUUUCACGUAUGGCGAAAUAGCAUUAAAAUCUCGCAUGACUAAUAAAUUGGAAGAAAAAUUGACAAAAACCUUCGGUGAUGAUAUACCGCCCUUGAAAAAGUUAAAGGGUCACAUUUCUCUACUGUUAUCUAACCAUGAUCUCCUGCUGAAUUAUCCUCAAGCUUUGACCCCGAACAUCAUUCCCGUUGGAGGUCUCCACAUUGCAAGUACCAAAGAACUACCAAAAGAACUGGAAUCGGUUCUAGAUGGCGCGAAAAACGGCGUUAUCGUCUUCUCCUUGGGUUCAAAUUUGCGCUCCAACUUGUUAGACAAAAAAGUACAAAGAUCUCUACUGGAAGCUUUUAGUAAGUUAUCAGAAAUCGUGGUAUGGAAAUUCGAAAGCGAAAUCGGCGAUCUGCCGAAAAAUGUUAUCGUUAGAAAGUGGUUACCUCAAAACGACAUUUUAGCUCAUCCCAACGUGAAGCUGUUCAUAGGGCACGGUGGAGCCUUGAGUACUCAAGAAGCCAUCUACCAUGGAGUACCGAUGGUUUGUAUCCCCUGCUACCUUGAUCAAAACCCUCAUGCGGCGAAGAUCGUUAGCGAAAAAUUGGGGCUUUCUCUCGAUUACAAAGAAAUCACCACCGAAAAUUUUUUAGGCCUUAUAAGAGAAGUAAUAGACAAUUCAGUUUACAGAGAAAAUAUGAAAAAUCUCUCUAGACUAUACAGAGAUCGAAAAGAAUCUCCUUUAGAACGAGGAAUUUUCUGGGCGGAAUAUGCCAUGCGUCAUAAUGGAUGCCAGAUUUUGAAUACCCCAGCUCGAGAUCUGUCGUUUUACCAAGCGUUAAGUUUGGAUAUUGUUGUUUCGUUUAUUGCUUUAUGUGUGGUUAUGUGUUUUUUGUUAUACAAGAUAGCGAAAAGGCAAUGAUUAUAACUUACCGGGAAACUAUAAACCAAUUUUCCUUAAAUAAACAACUUUAUGACCACACCAGUGUUGAAACGUUUAAACUUUACAGAGAUAAAAAAUCAGUGUUAAAAGGGCAUUGUUCUAGAAGAAAUAAAUCUGUAACGCAACUGAGAUAAAGUUGCGAACUUAUGUAAUUUUAGCAUUCAAUUUAAACAAAAACAAAAACAAAUUGUUGAAACAACAAGUAUAAUAGUUAAAACCGCGAUAAAGUCGACAUG